ACUCCUCAGACGUCCCCAGAUCAAAUGCUCACAGACACCAGGACUGACGAGGAAGAGAUGAGCUUCUUCUUCUUCUUUUUCUAGUGUUUCCUCGACACAUGAAGGUGGAAAGUGUCUGUAAACUGACCUGAAGUGAGUUCAACAGUGUGGACUCUGUUAUGGAUCAGUGUGCGGACAGAGAGGAGGGAGUCCUUCCCUUUAAAACCACUGCUGAACCUGGACCUGAACCUGAACCUGAACCUGAACCUGGACCUGGACCUGAACUCAGCUACUUGUCCAUGAAGAGUGACAUGUCUAUGGGUGAACCUCUUGUCUUCAAAGAUGGGCACCGGUCUGAUGAUCAAAUAGUUCAUCAGCAGAGUUUAAAGGUCACCCGUGGUCAGUCUGCCCUGCAGCAUCAAACACAACUGGACUCCAUGUUUAUGCUGCUGGAAGAAAACAUCGAAAGCUUUGUGAAGAACGAGCUGAAGAAGAUCCAGAGACUUCUGAGUCCAGAUUACCCAGAAUGCUUAAAGAGUCAGAGGGAGGAUGAGGAGGUGUUGGUUGGAGAGGAGGAAGAGCAGAGGAGGAGGAGCAGAGAGGCAUUUCUGCAGAUCACACUGAACUUCCUGAGGAGAAUGAAGCAGGAGGAGCUGGCUGACUGUCUGCAGAGCAGAACUAUUGCUGCAGUGUGCCAACGUAAACUCAAGUCUAACCUGAAGGAGAAGUUCCAGUGUGUGUUUGAGGGGAUCACUAAAGCAGGAAACCCAACCCUUCUGAAUCAGAUCUACACAGAGAUCUACAUCACAGAGGGAGGGACUGCAGAGGUCAAUGAUGAACAUGAGGUCAGACUAAUUGAAACACCCUCCAGGAAACCAGACAGACCAGAAACAGCAAUCCGAUGUGAAGACAUCUUUAAAGCCUCACCUGGAAGAGAUAAACCAAUCAGAACAGUGAUGACAAAGGGAGUGGCUGGCAUUGGGAAAACAGUCUUAACACAGAAGUUCACUCUGGACUGGGCUGAAGACAAAGCCAACCAGGACAUACAGUUCACAUUUCCAUUCACUUUCAGAGAGCUGAAUGUGCUGAAAGAGAAGAAGUACAGCUUGGUGGAACUUGUUCAUCACUUCUUUACUGAAACCAAAGCAGCAGGAAUCUACAGGUUUGAAGAGUUCCCGGUCGUGUUCAUCUUUGACGGUCUGGAUGAGUGCCGACUUCCUCUGGACUUCCUCAACAAUGAGAUCCUGACUGAUGUUACAGAGUCCACCUCAGUGGAUGUGCUGCUGACAAACCUCAUCAGGGGGAAACUGCUUCCCUCUGCUCGCCUCUGGAUAACCACACGACCCGCAGCAGCCAAUCAGAUACCUCCUGAGUGUGUUGACAUAGUGACAGAGGUCAGAGGGUUCACCGACACACAGAAGGAGGAGUACUUCAGGAAGAGAAUCAAAGAUGAGGAGCAGACCAGAACAAUCAUCUCCCACAUCAAGACAUCACAAAGCCUCCACAUCAUGUGCCACAUCCCAGUCUUCUGCUGGAUCACUGCUACGGUUCUGGAGAAGGUGUUGAAGACCAGAAAGAGAGGAGAGCUGCCCAAGACCCUGACUGAGAUGUACAUCCACUUCCUGGUGGUUCAAUCCAAACUGAAGAACAUCAAGUAUGAUGGAGGGGCUGAGACAGAUCCACACUGGAGUCCAGAGAACAGGAAGAUGAUCGAGUCUCUGGGAAAACUGGCUUUUGAGCAGCUGCAGAAAGGCAACCUGAUCUUCUAUGAAUCCGACCUGACAGAGUGUGACAUUGAUAUCAGAGCAGCCUCAGUGUACUCAGGAGUGUUCACAGAGAUAUUUGAAGAGGAGGGAGGACCGUACCAGGACAAGGUGUUCUGCUUCGUCCAUCUGAGUUUUCAGGAGUUUCUGGCUGCUCUUCACGUCCAUCUGACAUUCAUCAACUCUGGUGUCAAUCUGAUGGCAGAAGAACAAUCAACCUCCCGGUUGUCUAAAGUAUUUAGAGGGCAAUCUAAACUAACACAUCUCUACCAGAGUGCUGUGGACAAGGCCUUACAGAGUCCAAACGGACACCUGGACUUGUUCCUCCGCUUCCUCCUGGGUCUUUCCCUGCAGACCAAUCAGACUCUCCUACAAGGUCUGCUGACACAGACAGGAGGUAGCUCACAGAUCAACCAGAAAGCUGUAGAGUACAUCAAGAAGAAGAUCAGUGAGGAUCUGUCACCAGAGAAAAGCAUCAAUCUGUUCCACUGUCUGAAUGAACUUAAUGAUCAUUCUCUAGUGGAGGAGAUCCAACAGUCCCUGAGAUCUGGAUGUCUCUCCACGGAUGAACUGUCUCCUGCUCAGUGGUCAGCUCUGGUCUUCAACUUACUGUCAUCAGAAAAAGAUCUGGAGGUGUUCGACCUGAAGAAAUACUCUAGUUCAGAGGAGGAUCUUCUGAGGCUGCUGCCAGUGGUCAAAGCCUCCAACAAAGCUCUGCUGACCUGUUUUGACCUCUCAGAGAGAAGCUGUGAAGCUCUGUCCUCAGUUCUCAGCUCCCAGUCUUCUAAACUGAGAGAGCUGGACCUGAGUAACAACAACCUGCAGAGUUCGAAAGUGACGCUGUUGUCUGUUGGACUGGAGAGUCCACACUGUAAACUGGAAACUCUACGGCUAACUGGCUGUAAUCUGCGAAGGAGAAGCUGUAAAGUUCUCUCCUCAGUUCUGAGUUCCCAGUCCUGUAGUCUGAGAGAGCUGGACCUGAGUAACAACGACCUGCAGGAUACCGGAGUGAGGCUUUUGUCUGCUGGACUGAAGAAUCCACACUGCACACUGGAAACCCUCAGGCUGUCAGGCUGUCUAGUCACAGAGGACGGCUGUUCUUCUCUGGCCUCAGCUCUGAGCUCCAACCCCUCCCAUCUGAGAGAGCUGGACCUGAGCUACAACCAUCCAGGAGACUCAGGAGGGAAGCUGCUGGCUGCUGGAGUGGAGGAUCCACAAUGGAGACUGGAUACUUUCAGGGUGGACCAUUGUGGAGAGCAGAUGUUAAAACCUAGUCUGAGGAAGUAUGCCUGUGAACUCACACCGGACACUCACACAGCAAACUGUUUCAUCAAACUGUCUGACAACAACAGGACGGUGAUUCAUGUGGGCAAGGAGCAGCCGUAUCCUGAUCAUCCAGAGAGGUUUGACUACUGGGCUCAGAUGCUGUGUAGAGAUGGUCUGACUGGUCGCUGCUACUGGGAGGUGGAGUGGAAAGGAGCGGUUCGUGUAGCGGUGACUUACGGAGGAAUCAGCAGGAGAGGAAACACCAAUGACUGUGUGUUUGGAAGAAACGAUCGGUCCUGGAGUCUGAGCUGCUGUGAUGAUAACUACUCUGUCUGUCACAAUAACAGAAUCAGAUCCAUCCCUCCUAUCUCCUCUUCCUCCUCCUCUUCCUCCUCUGGUAGAGUAGCAGUGUAUGUGGACUGUCCUGCCGGCACUCUGUCGUUCUACAGAGUCUCCUCUGACACACUGAUCCACCUCCACACCUUCAGCACCACGUUCACUGAACCUCUUUAUCCUGCGUUUGGGUUUAUGUUCAAGGCAUAUGGUGCCUCGGUGUCUCUGUGUUCUCUGUAGGAGGGACACGACUUCCUGUCCUGUGGUUUAAAUGUUGAUGGUGGACGAGGCUUCACUUUGGUUGACUGUUGGCUCACUGAUUGUAUAUUUUAAUGUCAGAAAUGUGAGAGAUGAGAGAGAUGAUCUCCGCAGUGCUCAACUUGUUGUGUACAAACUGAAUUAACUUUGAUAUUCACUUUAAAAAAACUAAUUCUUGGAGCAGCAUCUAGUAGCUGUUAAUGUCUGUAGUGAUUGUCUUUUAGUUCAGUAAAGAUUUAAAGACAAAA